AUGGCAGUAACUUGCACAUACAAGAUUUUUGAACAGGUAGAUUUUAAUAAAAAGCACAAGACACAGAGUUUUAAACCUUUGAAUUUUUCAUGUGUUCUCAAGUUAUCCAAGGCACAAACAGAAGAGAAGGCAUUCAAGGAUGGCUUAAUAGACCAGUUAUAUGAAUUGUUAAUGGAUCAUCUUAAAGUUCAUUCUCAUUCUAUUGGAUUUCCUGAACUGGUAUUACCAGCAGUUUUACAGCUGAAAGCAUUUUUAAAGAAAUGUAAAAUAGCUAAUUAUUGUAAACAAAUAAAACAGAUAGUGGAUAAAAUUGAUGAAAAUAGUAAAUUUAUAACACAGAAGAGAAAAUAUGUUAAUUUUACAUUAGAGAAUGAUAAUGCUGUGGAUGCGUGGGAAAGGAAGAUUAAAGAUGAAGGUACACCUAUCAGUAAAUUCUAUAAGGCAUGGAGAGUAUUAAGAGAUAAAGAAAUACAACAUGAAAUAUCAGGAAAAGAUAGGCUAACUGAUGUAACAGAAUUACCAACUAUCAAGAGACCUAAAGGACCUAUCAAACCAACAGAUGAGGAAAAGAAGGAGUUUUCAGCAUUAUUUGACUCAGAUAGUGAGGAUUCUCAAGAUGAUGAAACAAGAUUUAAAGCUGAUAAAGUGAAGAAUAAAAAGAAGAAAAUUGAUGUUGAAGAAGAUGAUGAUGAUGAUUCUGUCGAAGACUUUAGUGGAGAUAAUUUAAGCGAAUAUGAUAGCGAUGAAUUGGAACAAUUGGCUGAAUCAGCCAGUGAAGAUGAUGAUGAUGAUGAAGAUAUUGAUGAUGAUGAUGAUGAUGAUCCAGAGAGUAAUGAGGAAAGUGAUGAACCUCGAAAAGUUGAAACAAAAGUCAAGACAAAACCAAAGCCACCUUCAGUAAACAGAAUGGAAAGAAAGAGAAAACUACUACAAGAAGGCCAGGGAAUUAGUGAUGUUGUUAAAGAAUUUAAAUUGGAUGAUUUCUAGAAAUAUUCUUUCUUGAAUAUAUAUUUUUAUUUCUGUCAGGGGUGUUUCUUAUUUGUAAAUUCACAUUUAUCUAUCAAUAUAUAGAAAUUAUAACCCAGAUAUGUUCAGCGAAGACGUCUUUUGACAUCCUGAACAUUAUAUAAUCACAAACAGUAAACUUUAUUAUAAAAUAAAACAAAAUAGAAAUUGAAAGAACAUGACCAACAAUUAUAUUGUGUUUCAUUCAGCUCAACCUUCACCUUGUUCAUUAGUUUCUGUGAGUUAAACAUUGUCUCAGUAAUGAAAGGUUGACAUUUUGCCAGGUUAACAGGCAUGAGCAGAUAACUCUGUAUGCAGAUUGAUUGUGAUUGGCUAGAAUCACAGGGUCAAAUCACUGUGUAAUUUUAAAAUUUGCAAGACAAAAUAGUUUUCAAUUCAAAAAAUUUUUCUACUAAAAAUACAAUAUUUCAUAAAUAAUUAUUUGAUUUUUUUAUUAUGGUAUGUGUAAAAUAUAAAUUAUGCAGUAACUAUUAAAUAAAUAUAGAUUCUCAAACUGAA